UUAUGUCAAGAGCCAUACUGAAGCCAGAUACUCCUGACCCUAUUGUGCUUCUUUAGUUCCCUUAGACUUGCAGAUGACGAAAUCUUGCGCUUUUUACCCAAGCUAGUAUCCAGGCAUUUAUUUUAACAUGUUGAGUGGAAUUUUUCAUUCAAUAUGUGGUUGGAGUAAUAGAUUUUUAAAUUAAACAGUCCUGAAGAUUUACUAAGUUUUAAUAAAUUAGUUUCUACCAGUCCCUGUCUGAAAUGCAAAAAUUUACUUUAACAGUGUACUGAAACACUGCAAUGUGUCUCAAACAAACAACACCCAGCCUCUGCAAUGGAAAUGAAACAUACUGGAAACUUCCAGUUCAUAUUCUAUAAGUUGAAACUGUUACAGGCAACUUAAGUCUUUAGUUUUUAUAAAUAAAUAAACUGAAUUUAUGAUGUUAAAAAACAGUCAGGAAGACCGUAACUGUACCUGGUGACAUUUCAGUUACGAAGUGAUGCUUAUAUGUGUUGAAGAUACUCUCAUUUGCAAAGCAUUUUGGCAUGGAAAGUUCUCCAGCUAAAUAAAACAUUCAAUAAGAAGCUUUUAAAAAUCUUAUUUGUGUAUGAAAGAGAGAAUUUUCAUUACAAGUUUGUUGAAUCUGCACAGGCAGUUAUUAUUUGUGAAGUGGCAGUAGUAUAUUCAGAAGAUUAAUAGUGUUUUCUAAGGAUUUUUUUUUUUAUAAGAGCCAACAGAAUGAUUUGAACAUGCCAUGACAGUUUGAUGAGACAAAAAGCAUUUUUCUGAAGUGCUGCAUAGGUAUGCUCCAAAAGCAAAGCUAUUUGUCAUAAAAACCUUGCUAUUUUACAAAUAAUGAAGUCACACAAUAACUUUCCACUCAUCUCAAACUUGGGAAGAUCUUAAGGGGUGUGUUAGUUUACUUAAGAAUUUUUUUGCAAAGUCUGUUAUGUAUGUUAAAACAAGUUGGGCAGUCUGCUACCUUGUCUUCCUGCUUAUGUUAGAUAAAAGAGUGCUAAUUGUUUUGCUUAUAUGUCAUCUUCAAAUCAGGCCUGUUAUGAUGAAAAAAUUAAUGUGCUCCUGCUUUAUAAGAGGUAUUUUUUAAUUAAUACUAAUAUUCAGAAUAUAAUACUUAUUUUGUAAUUUGCAUGUUCACAAAGGUGGAACUGCCUGUGAUGUAUUUCUCUGCAAAACCAUUAUCAAGAAAAUUUCAUCUUUUCUUGAUUUUUAGAUUUCAACAGUAGGAAUUAUACCCUCUUGCAGCUGAUUCAGUCUCUUAAUAAUAUGAGAAAAAUCCCCUUACACUAAUGUAAAUGUUGUUAGUCUAAGGUUAAAAGAAGGCACUGUUAAACCAAGUAUUAAAAAGAAAAUAGUCAUGCUACUACAAUGAAAAAACAAGCAUGUGAUACAGGGGAAUCCCACUGUGAGAGAGAUUAAACCUAGUGUUUCCCCUUGCUGAUGAUGUGCUAAGAAUUUCAAUCGUUAACCAGUUUGGUAAGUCCUCUUUCCAGACAUUGUUAAUUAUUAUUUGUUAUAUGAGAUAUUUCAGCCAAUUUUAAAUACUUCUGAUGUUCUUGCAUUUGGUGUUUCUUCUGAUAGAUAGUGUUGGUAUGUCAUCCAUCCAUGUAGAGAAAAUAGACUGUUUUAAAACUAGUAGUAUGUUUCUCACUGCUUGUAUUUUAGAAAGACCAUGGUUUGGAUAUUAACCCUGCAGUCUUGGUAAAAAAUGUUUGAACAAUUGUGAUAGUAAAUAACAAUAGCAUAACUUAAAUUAUAAUAAUAUUCAGAACUCACGUGGAAUUGUAUUUUGUUAGUGUUCUUAAUGGGACAGACUUUAUUGUUAAAGAAAGCCUAGGUAUGCCCAUGGCAUUGUAUCAUGCAUAAAAGCUUGCUUUCCAGAUAGAUAAUGCUUUUUACCCUUAAUUUUUACAAUGUGCUGCUUUAUUUUUGAAAAUUCUUUUGUCAGGAGAAAUUACUCCCCUUUUUAUUUAGGCAUGAGUAUUUAUUACUGUAUAUGAAGGACUAUACACAGCUCUUGAAACACUCCCAGUUUUCCAUUGUGACAGAAACAGCAGAGGGAGCUCAAGAAUGUCAUUUUCAUAUAGGUCCUAUAAAUAUUAGUACUUUACUCCCCUCCCUGUCCCCCAAAAAAACACAACCUUUUAAAAAACGUUCUUCAAAAGUUCAGCUACUGAAAAUGCUGCACUAAUUUCCCAGUGGAUGGGAAAAAUAAGUAUUUUCAUGUGUAGUGCCAUAAUACUAGUUUCAUGUCUGCUGGCAAAAUUUUCUUCAUAACCCAAAUUAUUUGUCAGAGAAAUUCCCCUGCAAGGCAGUAACCACUCCACAAUCUCUGAGAUUCUUGGACAAAUUUUAGAUUUACCAGAUAUGGUAUCAUAGUUAGGUCUGUGUGAUAAAAGUAUGGGCAGAGGAUGCAAAGUCUUUUCUGAUCAGUGUAGAGUUCUGAGCAUGAGAGAGGCUGCAAGCAGUGAUACAACCAAUAGGUCAGGGUGCAGUACUCAUUUUAAGAAAUCACAUAAUUACCCCAUUUCUGCCCAUGGAGAAAUGUGAUAUUUGAGAACUCAGAAUGGAAAAUGUACUUAAGUGCUGCUUCCUGGUUUUUAAAGAGAUAAUGUAGUUUAAAUGCAACUUAAAACCACAGAAAUAAGGGAAUUCAGCCUAAUAAAGCCCUCCUUUUCUUGAAUUAACCCAGGCAUUUUCUGGCAAGUGCAUCAUGUACCUGGUAGUGUGUAGUGAGUGACACUUAAGCUACAAGUUAAAAUAUGCUAUAUGAAACAGAAGACAUUUUCAUUUUAGAAUUUCCUGGAGUUUUUGAUUUUAGUAUAGGCACUUGAUGAUAUUUCAGCAGACUAGGUUACUUGGUUUAAUUUUAUACAGUCAGCUCACUUCAAAAGCUUCUUACCAAUGUGUACAUUGUGCUGACAAUGACAUUGUGAGUUUCUCAAAAUUCUUAGUCUUGCAGUAAAAGACAUUGAUCUAGAAGCACAAGUAGGGAUGCUUAAUGUAAUUCCUUGGCGUGAAGAAAUCUUGCAAUGCUAAAAAGUAUUGGUAGCAAAAUAUGUGCAGUAGCAGCCCAGAGAAACAACACGUAAAGUAAUAAAACCUGUAUGAAAUAGAUGUGAGGCACAGAAAUUAGGGAAAUGAAAAACAAGAAAACAAAAUCUAGAACCACAGAAGGGCAACCUGUUUCUAAAUUCAUGAGAGUUAACCAUAGUAGUCUUUGGUUUGCAAUGCUGCCUUUUCACUCUUAAACUCUUUCAGCCUGUCUCUUCUGUCUUGAAAUCUCUACUCGUGUCAAUCUGUAGCACUGGAGGAGGAUUUACUGAAACGUGAUUUCUGAUGCAGCUUCCCCUGAGGCUCUAUUUUUAGGGCAAUGUAUAGAAUGAUGCCUAUUAGAGAAUACCAGUUAUUGCUUUUUUUCUCUUUCCUCUUAAUUUGGUUCAUGUCUUCACAAUUCAAAUUUAUAUGGUUUGGGAAUGAACCAGUUGUUAUUUUUCCAGCCUUCUCAUUGGUUUGGUUAGGUAAAUUCUUACUGCAGUCCUUAAAUUUUUGAUCUGCAUUUAAGUAUGCUAUUAGUGCAUGUUGAUUAACUGGCAGUUUAUUUUAGUGUAUGCCCAGUGCUAAAUCUUUUUCUUCUUCUUCUCCCCACCCCACCCCCACCCCGGAUUAUCUUAACAUCUACAGUUUAACUACACGUAUAACAGCAGAAAACAGUGAUGGCUUUAGACUAAGGUUUUCAGCUUCUCUUCAUAAGAGAAUAUACUACAGCACCUAGGUGUUUGGAAGAUCUGGUGUUAAGCAUCAGUGCAUAAGCCAUGAAUAGUUCACGUGCUUCUCAAGAACCUAUGGAAAAGUACACAAGUAAUGCUUCCUCCAUAUAUGUUUGUCCUCUGUGCAAAAUGUUUCUGCAGAAUCCAGCACAGAUACCAUGUGGGCACACUUACUGUAUGUCCUGCGUCAUCUGGUUAUUAAGGAAUAUCCUUGAUCCAGAGUGUUUAAUAUGUGGAAAGAAGAUAGUCACAGAUGAUGCAAUUUUUCAUUUUGGCUCUAUAAAACCAGAUGAAACCAAGAGCAAGGAGACUGAAAGAAUUAUAGCCAAGGGUAUGAACAAGAAUUUUCUUCAUUCGGGUCAAUUAGAUUCAUAUAAGGAUGACCCAUUGUUACUGAACCGGAACAGAUGGGAGCAUUCAUUUCCUAAGGACUUUGUGCCCCAUUCACUUGCUUUGGGGUUUCGACAUCCAAUUUGUGAUGCAGAUGUUCGACACGGAGCUACAAGGUUUGUUUUCUUGGCUGAAUUCCAAGGACGCUGCUGGGAACUUGUAUGUGAUGAUGUGCUUUUGGAGUCCCAUCACUGGCAAAGCUGCCAAGAUACUUGGCGUCAUGAGAGGACUCUUUCUAUUCAGGAAUUUAAACACUAAGUCUGCUUGCUGCUGUUCAGAAUAUAGACCUGUCUUUCUCUAUGCCUGCUUUCUCCCACUUCCAACUUUAAUUUUUCAUUCAGGCUUCUCCUAUGUUUAAAAUAUAUUUUCCUUUCUUCUUCAGAUUCCUUCUUAAAAGCAUCUUGGUUUGUGAACACUCAGGAGUUUUCUUUCUGUAGCAAUGUUUUGAUGGGGGCUUGGUUUUCUUUACCAUUUUCCUCCUGUAAAACGUUGGAUGAUGCUUGGAACUUCUGUGUUCCCUGGGUUUGUUGCCCGUAAAAUACAGGUACAAAUAGACAUUGUCAGUGGUAUUGUGGAAAUUAUUCAGGUUUAUGAACCAUGCUGAAAAAUACUAUUGGAAAGAUAAGCCAAUGCUAUUAGUCACUCUACAAUAGCAAAGUGAAUUAUGGUCUCAGUGGAAGAGAGAUGCCGGUUAGCAAGUUAGUGCAUAGUCAGUCUCUUUCUGCUUCUAUCACGUGUAAAAGAACAUUUUCUAAACAUCCUUUUUUUUUUCCCUCUUAUUAGCAAAAUGAGUAACUUCUGAAAGGGUUAGUGGAGAUUUACCAUAGUCUUCACUCUCCCCUCAAUUCUUGUCAUUAAUGAGAAUUAAUGAAGACAUUAUUAAAGAAACCUGUUGUUUCCUUU